UUAAUGCCGUUGCUCCAUUUUAGAAUCGAAAAAUCACUUUUCUCCCGCUCCUACAAAAUCAAAUUAAUAAAUCCCCAAAACAAUCGAUGCUUCAAUUAAGCUAAAGCGAAACCUUUGCUUUCCUCGUUCUCUCUUCAGCAGCGAAGCCGAAGCAAAACACAGUGCACUGCGAACGAAUCCAACAAAGAUGGCAUCAAUUCGCGACGCCGAUAUCCAUCUUCGGCUACAGAGCUUGGACGCUUUCGCCGCUUCUCACAGAAACUCCCUUCAAUCACUCCGAGCCACCGCACUCGAAACCGCUCGAUCUCAAUCUGAACUUGCGGAGAUUAAAGCGAAACUGAGGGAGGCUGAGGAUGAAUUGGUAAAGGCACUCGCAGUUAAGACUCGGAGAGAGGCGAAGCGAAUGGCUCUGAAAGAUGCUAUUGAUUCUGCGAGGGGAAGAGUUGAAGAUCUGAAGACAAGUAUUCAGAAGCGGAGAACCGAACAGGAAGAGUGUGCCACGGUUGUUUCGCAACACCGUCUUGUUUUGGCAGCAUCUGAACAGAAAUCAAAUGAAAGCAUUGAACAAGAUGAAGUCCAGGAGGCCAUAUCUUGGUACAAUAGGGUUCUUGGUUUUCAUGUUGAAGGUGGACAUGGGGUAAAAUUCACCUUCAAGAAUAUUAAUGUAGACAACCCAAAUGAGGAGUACUUUUUUACCAUCCGUCAUGAAGAUGACACGUAUACAUUGCUAAAUUGUGAACCAUCUCUCAAAGAUAUCGAUGAGUUGAUCCAUGAAUUAAACAAGACAAAUGGUCUAUUUAAAUUUGUCAGAACAAUGAGGAAAAAGUUUCAAGAAGCAGUGGCACAAGGCAGUCUAUCUAUGAUAACAAAUGAACAUCAAGAAUCUUCCUUUAUUUCUGCAUCUGCUCCAGUUUUAUCAGAAUCAACCAUUAGAAGUUAUUCUCCAACUGAAAGAAAUGAGCAUCAAGGUGAACCCACCAAAGUUAAUGCACGUCUUCAAAAACAAGUCAAUUGGAGAAGGGUAAAAUCAGCAAUUCUAUCUCCUGAUUCUGCAUCAUCUGUCCGUCAAUCUCCUCGUUUGAAGGCCAGGAAAUGAAGCGGUGUGGAUGAUGCUUGUCACCUCAUUUUGAUGAGACAUGCUAAUUCAUGUGGGGCAUUACUCAUGACUCUGAUUGCUAACAAAUUGACAUGUAAGUUAAGACAGACCCAGAUUUUGAUUGCUAGCAAAUUGACAUGUAAAUUAAGACAUACCCAGGUUCUGGAUGUCUGAACCUAUAUAUAAUAGACCAGAAGAUCCCUACAUUUUUCAUGUGUGGUCCGUGUGAUAUUUGUGUGUAUUUAUUUUUUCCCCCAUUGUUGAUAUACUAAACAUCCAGUCAUUAUUUCGCUGAUAUCUUAUUUUUGGCAUUGUAAAUGAAGUAUUAUAUUGGUAUUUGGGAAAUGGAUCUGUACGAUCCUUUAAUUUA